CAACAUACUAUAAAAUAACAAAAGAAUAUCAAAAUUACUAACCUUAUAUUUUAACUAUCAGUUGUUUUAUUUAUUCGUAAACAAAAAUUAUUAUGAACGCGUACAAUUUGCAUUUCAUAUUUUAAAAAAGUCGACAAUUAAAAUGAGUUUUUUCGUAAUUUUAAUUUCUUUAAUGGUACAGUGGAUAAGUUUAUUGCAUAAAAUUUUAUAUUUAUGCAAAUGUAAGGGCGCUUUGAGGUUUAGACGUUGGUGGGUGAAAUCUCAUUUAAUGGAGGAAAUGAGAAAUAUAUUUGGUGCAUACAAUUCGCUAUUUUUAGUUUUCAUGAAAGAGGAUCAUGAAGAAUUCUAUAAUCUGACAAGGAUGACACCAAACGAUUUUGAAGAAUUGCAUCAACUUAUUAAACACAGGCUUCAAAAGCAUAGCAUUCGAAAACCACUGCCAACGAGACUUCGCUUGGCGCUUACCUUGAAUUUACUUGCAAAUGGAGAUAGCGUGAGGACAACUCAAUAUUUUUUUCGUGUUGGUCGAUCUACAGCUUAUAAAAUUGUGGAAGAAGUUGCAACUGCAAUUUGGGAAGAGUUAUCGCCAUGGUAUCUGCGACCAAGGACUCAGCGGGAGUGGAAAGUAAUUGCUUCAGGUUUCAGAGCGAAGUGGGACUUUCCAAAUGUUAUCGGAGCCAUGGAUGGAAAGGAAUUUAGAAUUCAACCGCCACCUCAUAGUGGUAGUUUAUAUUACAAUUACAAAAAAUUCCACAGCUUUAAAAUGUUAGCGACCUGUGACGCAUUUUGUCGCUUUACAUGGGUCGAUGUCGGAGAUUUUGGCUCCAUAAGUGAUCGAUUGGCUCUUAUUAACACCGAUUUCUAUAGGGAUUUGUGGAGAGGAAACGCCAAUGUACCACCCCCUUGCACUUUACCAAGGAGCGAAGAAAAAUCUACAUUUUUUCUUAUUGGGGAUGAGAUAUUUCCAUUUACAGAAUUUCUCAUGGUUCCAUUUGCUCGUCGGAAUAUUUUAAAUGCUGCUAAGGAAAAUUUCAAUCGAAGAUUAUCAAGAGCGAGAAAUACCAUAGAGGCGAGUUUUGGAUUUUUGGUUUCCACUUUUCAGCUUUUAAAACAAACCUUACGGUUUAAAUUGGAAACUUCAAUUAAGAUUGUCCUAGCAGCAGUUUGUUUGCAUAAUUUUUUAAUUACCAGGCGAAUGGAACGUGGUGAAAAUAUUGAUUUCUCAACACAAGAGGAAAGACCAGAAGUCCUCGUUUUUGGUGACAGAGAAGAAACACAAGAAGAAGAAGAAGUUGAAGAAGAUCAAUUUGGUGAUGGCGCAAUUCACCAACGAGAAGUUUUGAUGAACUAUUUUAUGUCAGAAGCUGGUGCAAAUUAAUAAUUUAAAGAAAGAUAUUUUAAUGUUCUUUUAUAAAGCAAAAUGUUUCAAAACUUAAUUUUCAAAGAUUUUAACAAAACACUUAAAAAUGACUAUUUCAAGGUCUGUAAUCUUCUAGUUCUAGAAAUUUUGAAUUUAUCAGAAA